AUGAUGUCCUUUUACUCCCUAAAACUCGGGAUAUUCCUCGGUUUGGUAGUUAGUGCCCCUUUAAUUCAGGCAUUUGGCGACUCACCAUGUCGAUGCUUUCCCGGUGAUGAGUGCUGGCCCUCAGUCGAGACUUGGGAUGGCUUCAAUCAGUCUGUCGAUGGACGCCUUGUCGCAACUGUGCCUCUCGCAACUCCCUGUCACGCUCCGAAUUACAAUCUCCUAGAGUGUGAGAGUUUAAAGAAUGGUUGGCUCUUGCCAGAAGAGCACUAUAAAUCCUCAUCGUCCUUUAUGGCCCCAUUUUUCACAAAUGGAACCUGUGAUCCGUUUCACCCCAUCUCCAAGCCGUGUACCCUCGGUAACUUUGUUCGAUAUGCAGUCGAUGUCUCUACUCCAGAGCAUGUAGCGAAGACAUUGCAAUUCGCGACAAAGCAUAAUAUUCGUUUCAUUAUUCGCAACACUGGUCAUGACUACAAUGGCAAAUCAACUGGUGCAGGCGCCCUUUCGGUCUGGACACACCAUCUAAAGGAGAUUGAGUUCAAGGACUGGAAAGAUGAACAUUACACAGGGAAAGCUGUCAAGGUUGGUGCCGGUGUUCAAGGAAUCGAGGCCUAUGAGGCAGCACACGCCCGUGGUCUGCGUGUAGUAAGCGGGGAAUGCCCUACUGUCGGUAUGGCUGGUGGAUACAGUCAAGGCGGAGGACAUUCGACCUUAUCAUCAAAGUAUGGAUUGGGUGCUGACCAAGUCCUCGAGUGGGAGGUUAUUGACGGCAAUGGGAGAUUCCUCGUUGCAAAUCGCCAUCAAAACACUGAUCUCUUCUGGGCCUUAUCUGGCGGAGGAGGAGGUACCUAUGGUGUUGUUUGGUCUAUGACAUCGAAGACCCAUCCCGAUAGCCGGGUAUCUGGGUUCAACCUUACAUUUGCAGCUCUUGGUAUACCUCAAGAUACCUUUUACAAAGCGGUUGAGUUCUACAAUGCUCUGCUGCCUUCUAUCGUUGACGAGGGAGUUGUGAGCUUGAACGUGAUCAGUAGCGUGGGUUUCGCUAUCAUCCCUAUGACUGGACCUGGUAUUCAUCUGGAGAAACUCGAAAGCCUCAUUCAGCCCUUUCUCGAUGAGCUGAAAAAUCUUGGAAUCAUUUAUACCUACCAAGCAGAGGAUUUUGGGUCUUAUCUUGAGCAAUACAGUGCUCAAAUACCGCUUGUAAAGGUCGGAGUGGAUAUGUACGGUUCCUGGCUUCUUCCCAGGUCACUUGUCCAAGAUCCCAAGAGCAACAGUGAGCUGACGAACUCCAUUCGCUCCAUAAUUGCCAAGGGCUCUACCUUUUCCACUGUUGCUCUUAACGUGUCGAAGGAAGUUGUGGGAGAUGUGCACAAUGCUGUGAACCCUGCGUGGCGGAACGCAAUUGCCCACACAUUCAUAACGACCAAAUGGGAGUUUGAUCAGCCGGAGAAAAUGGCCGAGAACCGUAAGCUUAUGACCAAUGAACUGGUCCCUAGCUUGAGCAAACUAGCACCCGAGUCUGGUGCUUAUUUGAACGAGGGUGAUUUUAACCAGCCUAAUUGGCAACAGGCAUUUUAUGGUGAUAAUUAUGCUACACUUCGUGGAAUCAAGGCCAAAUAUGACCCCCACUCUCUCUUUCACGGACUGACGGCUGUUGGAUCCGAUGAAUGGACUGUUUCGGAAAAUGGACGUAUGUGCCGGGCAUAUGGUCCUUAA